UGUCAAAAGUGUUUUCAUUCACAUAAAAGCUUAUUGUCUUAGCUCCUGGAAUUGUUGUUACUUUAUUUAUGAUUUGUAGAACUUCCUCUUCGAAACAAAUUCAACUUGGCUUUAACGUUUUGACAGCCCAUUAAAAUUUGUACCUUUUUUGACACAAAAUCAAAUAAAUUCAUAGGUCUUACACUUACCUACUGCAAAAGCAUAUUCGAAGCUGAUUUUAGCCACGAUCGUACGUGGACGCCCGCAGAAUGGGAGAUCAGGGAGGAGGAGCCACUGCCCACCAGCAGAAGCAGCAGUCGGAACCCAAAGUGCCACCAAAGGUGGAAUCGAAACCGGAAGCGGAAGCGGACGCCAAGACCACGUUACCGAAUCAGCAAAAACACCACAACGAGCCACAAUUGCUGGCAAACGAAUAUCCGAAGCUGGUGCGACGCCGAUCCAAGGGAGGCAACCUAAUGACAGCCAUCGAGGAUAUUCAGCGAUUGCCCACGGAGGUCAUCUACCAGGAGUUUGACCGCUUGCUGAACCAUGCCCAGGGCCAGAUCAAGGAGGUGGCGGAGAUGCCCUGCGGGAAUCUGGCCAACCGACUGAAGGACUGUCUGUAUCACAAUCGCCAGCGCUCCUGCCAGUGCUUCUCGGCCAUGGAGCAGUACCGCCAGUGUGUCCUCCGGGCCACCCAGGACCGCGUGGAUGACAUGGCGGCCAGGGAGCCCGUUAUGAUCCCGGUGGUGCCGCCACAGCCAACGCCACGUCCCGCAAAUCCACCGCAGCGUUCGCAUCGCAGCUGGUGGCGGCCCUGGACCUGGUUUAAGUAGCCUUUUUAUCCGGUUUCCGGAUCUCAUAUAUAAACCGUAAAACCGUAGCCGAAACCGAAGCCAUUGCCGAAUCAUCGGAGGCCUUCGGAGGAGCGGUCUCAGUCUCAGUCCGAAUAAAGAAAUGGCUUU